AUGAGACCAUUUGUUUAUGUUUGCGGGAAGCAAACGUCGAUUUUAAGAUUUACACCACUUAAUCAACUUUCAUGGAAAACAUUGCAUCCAGAGUAUGCAAAGAUAAUCAUUUUUUUAGAGGCGAUGGAGACACAAUUUGAUUUGAAUGCACUCGAUGUACUAUACUUGGUUGUGUCGCUCAUACUGCCCGCCGUCUUAAUUAUAGAUGGGACAUGUGAUUUGGAAUUAAUACGAUUCAGUACGAUUUUAGAGGCGAUUGUGCAGGAAUUUAACAAGUUUGCAAGUCCUUUACUGUUACUUUGGAUAUUCACUGCUGCAAGCCCAAUCUAUAUACAUGGCAUACUCGAAGUCCUAUAUACAAAUUACACGUCGGAUGAAAUGGGCGACGUGCCGUUCACAUGUCCAGCCUCUUAUGACUAUGAAGAACAAAUAGUCCGAAUAGCAUGCAUAAUCCGAACUUCAAAUAUAAUUUGUAUGUGGUUGUUUGCUUUCUUUCUUGCACUUUGGAUUAUCGCCGAAUGUUUUGGACUAAUUGGUGAUGAUGAAGAGGUCUCGGAAAAAUUUUCUUCGAGUAACAGAGAAAUUAUUUUCAGAGCAGAAGAGUUAGAAGAUGAAGGGAGCGUGAGGGAAAGCGAAGAUUUGGAAAAAGGAGAGAAAGCAUAG